AGCAAAAUGGCAGCGAGCGACUCUACUACGGACGAUAGUCUUUAUCCGAUCGCGGUUUUAAUCGACGAAUUAAAAAACGAAGAUGUACAGUUACGGCUGAACUCAAUAAAGAAAUUAUCUACGAUUGCUGUUGCUUUGGGCAUUGAACGAACACGUAGUGAACUAAUACCAUUUUUGGCUGAGUCUAUGUAUGAUGAGGAUGAAGUUUUAUUGGCAUUGGCAGAACAACUUGGACAAUUUACUCCUCUUGUAGGAGGUCCGGAAUAUGUACACUGUUUACUGAAACCUUUAGAGAAUCUGGCAAUGGUUGAGGAAACUGUAGUGCGAGAAAAAGCAGUUGAAUCUUUAAGAACCCUUGCUGCUCAACAUAGCUCACAGGAUUUGGAAGAGAAAUUUGUCCGUAUGAUAGACACUUUGGCUACAGGAGAUUGGUUUACAUCAAGAACAUCUGCAUGUGCUUUAUUUAGUGUUUGUUACCCACGUGUUAGUCCAGCAGUCAGAGCCUGUUUACGAAAUCAUUUUCGUAAUCUGUGCCAAGAUGAUACACCAAUGGCACGUCGAGCUGCUGCUUCACAUUUAGGAGAAUUUGCAAAAGUUGUGGAAAUUGAAUAUGUAAAAGGAGACUUAAUUCCAAUGUUUGUUAUUUUGGCUCAAGAUGAACAAGAUUCAGUACGUCUUUUAACUGUUGAAGCUUGUGUUUGCAUUGCAUCUCUGUUGCCACAAGAAGAUGUAGAACAAUUACUUAUGCCCACAUUUAGACAAUGUGUAAGCGAUCAAUCAUGGCGUGUACGUUAUAUGGUCGCUGAGAAAUUCAUUGAACUUCAAGAAGCUGUUGGCCAAGAAAUUACAAAAACAGAUCUUGUACCAGCAUUUCAAGUAGUAUUAAAAGAUAUAGAAGCGGAAGUACGAGCUGCAGCGGCUGAUAAAGUUCGUGAUUUCUGUCAGAAACUUGAAAUGUACAGUCAAGAAUCUAUCAUUAUGUCAAGUAUAUUACCAAUAGUUAAGGAACUUGUAUCAGAUCCAAAUCAACAUGUAAAAACAGCUUUAGCAAGCGUUAUAAUGGGUCUUAGUCCAAUAGUUGGGAAACGCAAUACAAUCGAACAUCUGUUACCAUUGUUUUUAACACAACUUAAAGAUGAAUGUUCAGAGGUCCGUCUAAACAUUAUCAGUAAUUUAGAAUGUGUGAACAAGGUCAUUGGCAUACAGCAGCUUUCACAAACUCUUCUACCAGCUAUCGUAGAAUUAGCUGAAGAUUCAAAAUGGCGAGUAAGGUUUGCAAUCAUAGAAUAUAUGCCAUUACUAGCUGGACAACUUGGAGUUCAAUUUUUUGAUGAAAAACUGAAUUCUUUGUGUAUGACAUGGUUGGUAGAUCAUGUUUACGCUAUCAGAGAAGCGGCUACGUUAAAUUUGAAAAAACUGGUAGAAAAGUUUGGACCUGAAUGGGCACAAAAUACUGUAAUACCUAAGGUUUUAGCAAUGUCAAGGGAUCAAAACUAUCUUCACAGAAUGACAUGCCUAUUUUGUAUUAAUGUAUUGGCGGAAGUAUGUGGUCCGGAAAUAACAACAAGGGUAAUGCUUCCAACUGUCUUAGGUAUGGCCACUGAUAAUGUUGCUAAUGUACGAUUUAAUGUUGCUAAAACUCUGAAAAAAAUCGGUCCUUAUCUUGAGCCAUGUGCAGUACAGGCUCAAGUAAAACCUGUACUUGAUAAACUCAAUACUGACAGUGAUGUUGACGUGAAAUACUUUGCUUCAGAAGCAAUUGCAGGCAUCGCAGCGUAGGUUGAACAAGAAGAAACUGCAUUUAAAAUUUAUCCAUCAAUAUUCAGAACCUCAAUCUCAAGAAGUAACUUGGCGCAAACAUUUACACUUACACAUGGCAACAGGUAAUAUUAAUGCACAGUCAGAGCAGAUCUAAUGUCGAGAAAUAUAAAUAUCAAAUUAGUAGU